AUGAUUUUGCUUAUGUUUUCUUGUACAGAUGAAAGCUCAACGCCAUCUAUUAUUACCUCAACUAACACAUUAGAUUUAACUAAUACAUUUAGCAAUACAGAUCUUUCUACAGCAUAUUCAUCAUCUCCCACAUCAUCAGAUAAUCUAGGCACACAAUCAACAACAGUAGUAUUAACAACAUCACAAACCACGACAGAAGAUACUAUAGAAUCAACAACAGAUUUUCAAUCAACAACCUCAUCUGCUUCCGUAAUGACUACAGACGUCCAAUCAACAACAUCCCCUUCAGUAUCUAGCACUGCACAGACAUCAUCCGAAUCUUCUUCUUCAACUUCCACUGUAUCAGUUUCCACUGUAGAAUCGACCACAGAGUCCCAAACAACUACCAUUCUAUCAGUUGACACUACACAGAUGUCAACAGAAUCUCCGUCACCAACUUCCACUUUACUAGAUAUCACUGCACAGUCGACCACAGAUUUACCACUAUCAACUUCCACUGUUGACACUUCACAGAUGUCAACAUAUUCCUCAACACCAACUUUGUCAGUUGAAACUACACAGUCCUCGACAGAAUCCCCAUCAACAUCUUCCACUUUAGCAAUUGACACUACACAGGCAUUAACAGAAUCCCAAACAACAACUUCAACUUUAACAGUUGACACAACGAUGACAUCAACAGAAUCACCAUCAACAACUUCAACUUUAUCGGUUGACACUACACAAACGUCUUCAGAAUCCAAAACAACAACUUCCACUUCAACAGUUGACACUACACAAACUUCAACCGAAUCCCAGUCAACAACUUCCACUUCAACAGUUGACAUUACAAUGGUUUCAACAGAACCCCCAACAACAACAUCCACUUCGUCAGUUUAUUCUACAGAGACUUCAACAGGUCCCCCAUCAACGGCCUCAACUUUAUCAGUUGACGCUUCACAGACUUCAUCGGAAUCUUCUUCACCAGCCUCAACUUUAUCAGUUAUCACUGCACAAUCGACCACAGAGUCCCCAUCACCAACUUCCACUUCAUCAGCUGACACUUCACAGACUACCACAUACUCCCAUGUACCGACGUCUACUUCUGUUAUCACUGCACAAUCGACCACAGAAUUCCCAUCAACAACGUCCACUUUAUCAGGUAACACCUCACAAAUGACCACAGAAUUACCAUCAACAACUUCUAUUCCAUCAUUCAACAUGACAAGUUCCACGAAAGAACGCUCAUCAACAAUAUCCACACAUUCAGUUAUUAUAUCACAAUCAACAACAGAAUCAACAAUUUCUUAUCAGUCAGAUAUCACAAAACAGUCUUCAACAGAAUUCCCAUCCACAACAUCUACUACAUUAAAUAUCAAAUCACAGUCAACAACAGAAUUCCCAUCAACAAGUUCAUUUAUAUCAGAUAUAACUACACAGUUGACACAAUGGUCUCAAUCAACAACCAACUCUUCAUCAGAUAUCACUUCUUCAGUAUCCGAAAUAACAAUGUCCACUUCAUCACUUGACACUUCACAGUCAACAACACAUUUAAUCACAACAUCAACAACUUUCACUCCAUCUGAUAUGACUAUAAAUUUAACAAAAGAGCCUUCAUCAACAACUUCCAUGCACUCAAUAAUCACUUCACAGCAAACCACAGAAUCCCCAUCAACAAUUUCCCUUCAGUCUGAUGUAACUGCAGACUUAACACAUUCCUCAUCUACAGCUAACACACAUUCCGAUAUCACUACUCAUUCGACAACAGAAUCCCCAUCACUAUCUUCCACAACAUCACCUCAUAUAGGUUCACCAUAUACUCAGCCAGAUUUGCUGUCUACGUCAAUAUCUACAGAAGCUUCAACGAUGAACAGUCAAUCGACAUCAAAUAACAUAUCUUCAACAGAAAACACACAUACUUUCGUAACCUCGGAGGAAAAAUCAACAUCUUCUCAUAGUACAUCCACAAAAUACACUUCGGCAUUUAUAAAUUCUACAACAGAUAUCCCUUAUCAUACAACUACACAACCAGACCAUGAAUCAUCGUCAACAGAACCUAUAAUAAACGAUACAUCGUCUUCAACAAUUCAUGCAACAGAUACAACAGGUCAUACAUUUCCGUCAUCUGGUAUUUACUCAACGGUAGACACACAAACGGGUUUCACAACAACAACGGUACUCCCAAUAUCCCUGGAAUAUGCAACAGUGUCGACAGAGAAUUCAAUAUCUUCAACAGAAAACCCACCAACAAUUGAAUAUGCGUCAAUGUCGACAAGGAAAACAUCGACAUUUAGUUCCACAUUUAAUGAAUACAUGUCUUCCUCAUCACACCCCCCAUCAAGUACAUCUUCCAGUCAGUCAGAUGCAAAUCUUGCAAGUCUUUCAUCCACAAACAGUAUCAUGGUAUCAACAAUCUCCCCUAUUAGUGAUAUGACAAAUACUAACACAACGUACAAGGAACAAACAACAACGACAGGACAAACGUCAUCAUCAACGGAAACUAGCACAUCUCAGCAACAGACUGACAUGGCGACUUACACGGAUAUAUCUGCAAAAACAAAAUCAACAACUUCAGAAGAACAUACAACUAAUGACGUACAUUCCUCGCAGGACACAUCUACCCCAGUGCUUGAUGUAACAGCGACAUCAUUUGUGAUGCUCUCAACUAAGGACCCAGUAACUUCGGAUCAACAACCAACUACAACAAUAAGUGAAGAGACUUCACAAUACACAAGUCCCGUCGAUCAAAACUCAAUAUCAAUGCAAACACAUACAGCACAAUACACAACCUCAUCUGAACGAAAAGCAACUACAAAAUUACACUUAGGUACAACACAGUUAGAUACAAUAUCUAGCCUUGGUGAUGUCAGUCCUACAGGUAAAAGUUGUCUGCCUUCGAUCUCCACCUGUGUCGUAGAUAUGACACAAUAUGAGUGUACUUGGCAUGUUCGUUUGCUACUACCAAAUCACCUUUUGUUUGUUUUAUAA